AUGGCCUCCUCGUCCGGCAGCGCGGUCCUCUACUGCUGCGUCUGCAAGGGGAGCAGAAUCCUCUAUGCCUACAAUGGUGGAGACCGCGAGCUCGAAUCCCUGGCAGGGUUUUGCCUGGAGAAAGCUCCGCCCUUCCACGCCUGGUAUUUUCAGACCACGAGGGGGAGAACGUACGGGUUCCUGAUGGAAGAAGGGCACGUCUACUUCGCCAUUUGCGACUCCAUCCUGGGGAACACAAAGCUGUUGAGGUUCCUGGAGCACCUGCGGGACGGCUUCAAGAGGGGCCUGAAGAGCGGGCUGCAGGAGGAGCUGGUGCCCGUCAUCCGGCGCCUGAUAUCCUCGCUGGAGAGCGUCUCGCGGCCCGCCGGCGGCGUGAUGGCGGAGGGGGCGUCGUCGAGCCAAGUGUCGACCUCCACCAAGGCGCCGCUGCUGGGGAGGGUCGGCAGCGGCAAGCACGAGAGGAAGAAGAUGCAGGACAGGGCCAUCGACAUCACCGAGGGACCCGCUGAGGACCACUCCGAGAAAGGGGGCAGAGCCGAAGGGCCGCUAGCGUUGGUGGGCGCGAUAUCGCUGCCGAAGAGCUCCAGCUUCACGAGGCUCCGUAGCCAGCAGAUGGCCCGGCGUUCGUGGUGCCGGCAGGUGAGGAUCGUCGUUGCCAUCGACGUGCUCAUCUGCCUGGUCCUGUUCGCAGUCUGGUUGGCGAUAUGCCGAGGCCUGCGUUGCGUCUCCCGGUGA